AUGGUUCAAUAUCGGGCGCAUCGCCUGGGCAAGUCUACGUGGAUCGUGCCAUCUGCGGAGGAUUUGCAGAGAGGCGGGAAAGUGGGGACAGAAAAAAGUAACGUGGAUAGUGUUUAUCAGAGGGACUAUCGAGAACGCGAAAGCGGCCGGUCUGCAAGGUACCAUAUCCUCCUUCCACUUAUAAAUAGUCUGGUGGAUCGACGAUACGGCUGUGAACUGCCGUCUGACGAUGUCCACAGCUAUGUAUCUAAUAUGGAGAAAAAGGUCGAAGAUGCUAUUCCGGGAGAAACCAAAGUGGCCCCAGACCGGCAAGACGAAUCGGCAGACAGCGCUGAUGACGAAAUGCAUGAAAUGAAUCACCAUACUAAUGCGGCUGAAUUCCGCGGCAGCACGUCCUCCGCUGCUGUAAUUGGUUAUCUCCAAAAGACAAGGUACCAAAGACAAGACACCAAAGACCACAUGAGGACCAACGGGCCCGACCAGGGGCCUAUUGAAGGUCGCUUGAACAGAACAACUACUAUUUUGAGCAAGCGCAUGAAUUCAUGA